GAGGCAGCCUCGGCGACCGAGCGCCCAGCGGCGCUUGGCCGCCCACCUUUCCCGGGCCCCGCCGCCGCCGCAGUCUCCGCCCGCCGGGGAGGGCGUGCUUGGCGGAGCCGGAGCCGAGGGUGGGGCGCCCAGAGGGAGGGGACCCCGGCCGCGCAGCUUCAGUGCUCUCAGCGGCACAGGCGGCAGCAGCAGGUGGAGCGAGCUUCGCGGUGAGCAGCUCUUGGCCUGAGAUUCACUCCCGCGGGCCUGCUGGGCUGGAGCCCGUGUGCCGAGGCUCCUGCGCCGCUUAGACACAGGAGACGCUAGAGUCCCACCCCCUAGUUUCCGGGGAACUUGGAUUACCAAGGCUGGUGGGCCCCGGGGCCGCCGGAGCCUGGCGCGCCUAGGAGCGCACGGCAGCUCUGGAAACCGCAUCCGGGGCGCAGGGCCAAGGAAACCUCGCUCUUCUCGGCUACCUAAAGACCCGUUUUCCCGGGAAAGAGCCUCUGCUGGAUCUGGGAUUUGAGAGGAGCUCGGGGUCCCCCCCACCCCCGCCCCUUCCCGGGCACCUCGCUGGACGCUCUCGGUUGGCGCCCAGGUGGCGCGGGAGGGUCCUGAGCGGCGCUCUCGGCUCUGCUGUGCCGCUCAGACGCGGGAAGCAGAGGGGGCUCUUCCCUGGGACUCCGUGGCUCGCGCGGUCCUCCGAGGAGUCCUCGCACCCCCGCGUCGUGUUGUCUCGAGAAGCUGGCUGGUUGGCUCUAACUGCAGAAGUUCGCUAUUGAUUUGGGUUCUUCUUCGAUUUGGGGGCAGUUCCCGCCAGCGACGCGCGACGCACCUGUCUUCGCGGACGAGCUGGCGUCUCAGGUCGCCGGAGCCUGCGGGAAUCCUGCCCCUUUCCCAGACCCGCACGGCUCUCCGCUGGCGUGCCUCCUUCCUAGCCACUGGCCUCGAGCGGAGGGUGCAGACCUGGCUCCUUGCUGUCCCCCGCCUUCUGAGGGAGUGCGGUCCUCCGGAGGGACCUUGGCCUCCUAGGCGCUGCUUGGUGUGUUGGUGUCGGGGUGCGCGCGGCCCCCCGCCGGCCGGCCAUGGCCUUCACUUUCGCUGCUUUCUGCUACAUGCUCUCGCUGGUGCUGUGCGCUGCCCUCAUCUUCUUCGCCAUCUGGCACAUAAUUGCCUUUGAUGAAUUAAGAACGGAUUUUAAGAGCCCCAUCGACCAGUGCAACCCUCUUCACGCGAGGGAACGGCUGAGGAACAUUGAGCGAAUAUGCUUCCUUCUGCGAAAGCUGGUGCUGCCAGAAUACUCCAUCCACAGCCUCUUCUGCAUCAUGUUCCUGUGUGCUCAGGAGUGGCUCACCCUGGGGCUCAAUGUCCCUCUGCUCUUCUAUCACUUCUGGAGGUAUUUCCACUGUCCAGCAGACAGCUCUGAGCUCGCCUAUGACCCACCGGUGGUCAUGAACGCAGACACCUUGAGUUACUGUCAGAAGGAGGCGUGGUGUAAGCUGGCCUUCUAUCUCCUCUCCUUCUUCUACUACCUUUACUGCAUGAUCUACACUUUAGUGAGCUCUUAACUCGAAGACCACGCACAUCCACAGAGACUGAGAUGGGAGAGGCCCGAGGCUGUGCGGUCCAUCCUGCUGGUGACGGGAGCAGGGACCAGUGUGGGGACGUGACAGACAGAGAUGGGCAGAUACUCGGAAUUGGGAGCCGGAAGCAGGCAGCAGCCAGCGGCCGAGCCAGCCUGCUGUCACACGUGUUGUCGCCCUGUGUACCAGUCUUCCGCGUUCGCACCCCACACUUGGCCUGUAGAUCCCUUCUGAGCAGCAGGGGCACGUGGGGUGAUGAAACACCAAACCUCUUCUGAACGAGAAUUGCUGCUUCCUGAAUCCCCUUUAUUGAAAGGCUCCCUGAAGUUCAUGCUGCGUUCCUGGUCUGUGGGUGUGAUGGCUGGAAGGCUGGAGGGUGCCCUCUGAGGAACUGGGUGACCCAGAGUCAAGGCUGCGUCUGUAGGACCGAUUGAAGAUCUCAAGGAUGUCACGGGCUUACCUGAGACUCUCGCGUUUCUUCCAAGCCCUGGCCACGCCCUUCACUUCGAUGGGCGGGGCCUGGAAAGUGUGCAGACUUGCCUUGGACUGUAACCAGCCUUGAGUCUGCAAGGGUGUCUGUUUUUCUGCUCUGCUUUGUAAGAGCCCAGUGAUUUUGGGAACUGAGUUUGGGACGGUAUGUUGGUAAAGAAUUAUGGCCAAAAUCAGGAGUGGGGGCUGGGAAGUGGGAAGGGGGGAAUUGUAGGAAAAAAUGAUUUUUUGAAAUACUGAUGACAUGUUCAAAGUGUUAAUUCUUCGCCACCACAAACUGUACAGUUUCGUUGUCAUCCCAAACCAUCACGGGCCAUUGAAGGCGAGUCAGUUGAUCAACACUAGUCAAGACUACUAACUUUUAAGGCUUCCCAAACAGUCCUGAGGCCAGAAAGGGCUGGUGUGGCAGUUCUGUGCCGUGGCAUCCGGCCGCUGAGAAGUGAGACGACAGUACUACAGCUUCAGUGAUGCUGAUGCAUCACUCGUGCUGUCUGGUUCAACACGAGGACAUUAGUUCAUUUAGAAUUUUCCAUUCGACAUUCUCUCCUUCUUGGGUAGGAGUUGUACUCGGGGUUGUAAAUAAUAAGGCUGAGAUUUUCAUUAUGUUUAAAUUGGGCACCAUGAUUUUGACCUUAUUCCCCCAACUUCCCUUCUUUUCUUGUGUUUGACAUACACGGGCUAUUUAUACAUGUACCAGCUUCCAUCCGAAGUCUGUGACUCAGGUUUAUGAAUGGUGUUUGUGUAACGUGUAUUCUGUGUUUAAAACGCUGCGAUUGCUUGAGUGUCUCGCCUACCUGGCUGUCUCAUUUUAAACCCAUUACAGGCUGGCUUCAUCUCUAUAUAGAUGGUAAACUAGUAGGUGGAGAAAGCAAAGUUUCAAAAAGACGUGUUGCUUCUAAAAAUUCUACGGAAAACAAAAUGCAGAUUUCUGCUUUGAGGUUGAAGGUAUGAAACCAGAGGAUUCAAGGCAAUAUUUUUUGGGAUCAGGCUUCCCCUUGGCUGAGAGAGUUCCCUUUAGGGCUGGUUAGUAUCAUUUCUGAUUCGAUUCCCGAGAUGACCGGCUACCUUCAACCAGAGAAACCAGUCCUGGGUUCCAGGCUGCAGACAGCAAAUCUGACCCUACUGCCAUCUUGCAAAUGCAACUGAGAGCAGAGGAUAAAUGAUCCGGGAGUUGUUGUUUGUUUUUAUACUUUGCCUCUUUCCAAAGCAAUUUGAAAUGACAUAAUAGCAGAUACAGAUGUGAGAAGACUGUUAAAAUGUAAAUAGCAACGUCCAACUUAAAAAGGAGGAGGACACAGAGAUAUGGGGCUUCCUGAGGGACUCUGUUUACUGGGAUUGAGAGUGUUUCUGGGAUUGAGCGUUAAAUAUGAUAUCGUUUCUCUUAACAGUAAAUAAUAACAAUUCACAUUUUCAUAGUGUUUUUCAUUUUACAGACUGUUUUUACAUCUCAUUUGACUUUUCCUCACAUUCCUAUGAGGUUGAUGUGAUUCUUUUUCCCAUUUUCUAAGUGAGGAGACUGAGGUUCAGAGAGGGUAACUGUCUUACCUGUAGUCACACAACAGUCCCAGACCUGCCUUUGACCCCAGGUUGUCUGACCUUAAACCCCAUGUUCUUUUCAUCACACCUGAGAGCUGGGAAAGUAGCUAGGAUCCUAUUAAGGUUUGAUUAACAUUAACUUUCUGAGAGAAGGAGAAGAUUUUUAAAACAGAGUUAUAGAGGAAGCACCUGAUUUUCUUUGUUUUUCGUGGGCUAGCCUCAGACUUGCUUUAUUGUGGGCAGUUCUCUAAGGUGGUUGUCUAAAAGCUUAUAAAUCUUCAAAUGUCUCUUGGGCAGUUCUUAUGUUUAUGAAAGAGAAAUAUACAAAUAUUUCUCCCCCACGAGUUGUGACUGAGAAGAAAUUCCAGUGGUUGUUGGGAGUUUGAGCCAAUUUUCAAUUCCUGGGAGAAGUUAAUUGUGAUAAGAAUCAGAGUAAAGUACACAGUUGGUGGAGCCAUUUUGUGUGCCGAGCUUUAUGCAAGACCUCUCCCAACUCUCACAGUGAUCCUACAAGGCAGAUUACGUGUUCUCAACCCCCAGUUUACAGGUCAGGAAAACAGGGAGGCUCAGGGCAAAUGAAUCUUUCUUGGGUGAACAGCCAUACCGGAGCUUAAGGCUACGAAUAAAUGGCCAGAUAAUAGCAACAGCUUAGUAAUUGAGGAGUUGGGCAUUAUACUAUAAAUUUCAUGUGCUUCUGUCUGAUCCUUAUGAGAAAACCAUGAUGUUGAUAUUAUCUCUGCUUUAUUGAUGAAAAAUGUCCAGAAGAUGAAUCACUUGCAGAGACCCAGAGCUAUUUAAUAGUAAGGGGUGUGUCUAUAGCUACAGUUGGAAUUGAAGCCCAGGUCUGCCUCUUCUCACAUAGUUUUUCCUUCUUGAGUAUCUUUGUCACUUGUCGUUUAUCACACAGAAAUGACCGAAAGGAGGAAGGAGGGUGAAGUGGGAGAAGCAGCACCCUGGAUCAGUCACAAAAGGAAUGUCACCCUUGGGUGAUGGAGAGCUCUUCCU